UACAACAUGCCAUCCGCGAAGGACCUCGACCCUCGCCACAGCUAUGCUGACGAAAAGUUCGAAAAGUUGCAGGAUUAUUACAACUACAUGAACGGCCGUAUGAAGGAGCCACACAACCCUGCAGAAAGACGUGAAAUAUUGGACAUCGGUGCAAAGAAACUCUAUUCCUUCAUCGAUUCCCACAUUAAGGAUAUGAAGAGACUUCUUUAUGCCACGGACAUGGCCCUCAUGUCUAUGGUUCUGUUGAAACUAAAUAAGAAAAUGGACACUUCGGAAGCUAAGAUCAAGUCUACACAGGCGAAGAUACCUUUCGGGUUAUAUACCAGUCCUGAAUUCAAAUGUUUGGACACAUCAUAUUACAUCGUGUCGGCACACAACCAAGAGGACGCUCAAAUGAUUUUGUCCAGCGAGCGAAAACCGCAUUGCUAUACUUUUAGAGGAGCGUUCGCCUUCAUCGGCUUCUACCACCGCCACUCGGAGACGACGUACGUGGGCCCUCAUGCUGAGCAGUUCCAGGCUAAGGACCCGAGCCAAGGCCUGUACUGUCAUUCAGACGACAAUUGGAGCGAUGCGCAGUGUAUCUACAAGAUCAACCCACGCGAAGAGUUCCCAGAAUCAGUGGAGUAUGAGCCCAAGAUCUCGUACUUCUGCGGUCCAUACCGCUACUUCAUACCGGCGACGACUGAUGUUCGCUGUAUAUUCUCCAUAUUUUCCAUGAACUUCGUCUUCAGAUUCGGUUAUGAUGGUGUCACUUAUAAGAGCUCUGAUUUGUCUUUCAUGUACCAAAACGGGCAAGUGUUCUAUACGGACGAGCCAUGGGCAGGCAUGUCGUGUUGGAACUGGGCGUGCAAAUGGCGCCACAAUCAGAACCAGCGAUCCAACGAGUUCUUUAUUAACUAAUUGUUUGCAAUAAAUAG